UCGAAUUCACUUAAUAACUUCAGACACAUUUUCUGCACUGUUGACAAAGUGAUAGUGGUUUUCAUUACUUUGGUACAAAGGUCGAUAUAAAAGUACAUAAAAAAAACAUGUGAAGACGUCGAUACAAAGGUCGAUGGUAAUUUAAAAACAACAAAAAAGGAACUACUGCCUUUCACUUUUUAUACAAAACCCUUACAUUCUUACAAACAUGCAUUAAAUUGGGCAUAUUGGACAACUCAACCUGUCACAAAAUUAAUGAAGGACUGGUACUGCAAGAGCAUCAUUAAAUAAAACAAAAUGGUUAAUAGAAGAGUAUUUGUUGUUGGAGUGGGUAUGACAAAAUUCGAAAAGCCAUUUGCCAAAAAAUGGGACUAUCCUGAUAUGGCAAGAGAAGCAGGGCAAGCUGCAUUAGGUGAUGCUGGUUUACAGUAUAGUUCUAUACAAGCAGCAGUAGUAAGUUAUUGCUAUGGUGAACCAACAAGUGGACAAAGGGCUAUCUAUGAAUUAGGUCUGACUGGUAUACCUGUCUUUAAUGUCAAUAAUAACUGUUCAUCUGGCUCCACAGCUCUCAUGUUGGCUAAACGUCUUAUUGAGAGUGGUACAGAGGAUUGUGUGAUGGCUUUAGGCUUUGAAAAAAUGGAGGGAGGUUUAUCUGAAAGAUACACAGAUCGCACAUCACCAGUUAAACGACAUAUGGCUCACAUGACUACGCUAGGGGCUAAUCCAGACCUUAUACAACCUCGAAUGAAUAACAUGACCUCAGAUGUAAUAAAACUGUUUGUAUAUGCAGGACGAGAGUAUUUAAAAAAGUACCCGUCUGCUAAGUACGAAGAUUUUGUGGAGAUUGCUUACAAAAACAGAAAACAGGGUUUGAAUAAUCCUAAUGCUUCUCUUCCAAGAUUACCCAGUAAAGACACAAUUAGUAAGAAAGCGGUGUUGUCUUAUCCCAUUACCUUCUGGAUGAGUGCACCAACAGCAGACGGCAGUGCUGCAGCCAUUGUUUGUUCUGAAGACUUUGUUAAGAAGAAUGGGUUACAAGGACAAGCUAUUGAAAUAAAAGCACAACAUAUGGUUACUGACCUUCCUUCAACUUUUGACAAGAGUUUCAUGGAUCUAUCCGGCUACACUAUGGCAAAGAUAGCAGCAGAUAAGUGUUAUAAAGAUUCUGGUAUUUCUGCUCAAGAUAUCGAUGUAGCAGAGGUCCACGACUGCUUCUCAUGUAAUGAGCUGUUUAUGUACGAGGCUUUGAAAUUUUGUGAUGAAGGGAAUGGAUAUCGUUUAAUCCGGGACAGCACAUGGAAACAAAAUAGUAAUGGUGGAGAAGUAUGUGUAUUAGGAAAUGGUUUAGUUGUUAAUCCUUCAGGUGGAUUAGAAUCUAAAGGUCAUCCUAUAGGAGCAACAGGUCUGGCACAGUGUUUUGAACUGGUCAAUCAACUACGAAGUAAAUGUGGAAAACGACAAGUAGAUGGCGCUAAAGUUGCACUUCAACAUAAUUUUGGUAUAGGUGGCGCUGCCGUAGUAACUUUAUAUGGCCAGUAUAGCCCUUCUUUUACAGCCAGACUAUAAUACAUGUAUCAGGUUUAUUCAGGAAGGAUUUUAGUACCAGAACAUAUUUGCUCAUAUAUCUAGUUUUAUAAAAUGAAAUUACGUGUGUGAUUUAUUAUGAUAAAGACUGUAGGAUAUUCAGACAUAAUGUCAUAGCACAGAACGGAUAAGGUGGCCGAUUUAUCAUUGGGUUAGUUUUAGUGUAAAAAAAUUACUUCCAGUGUCAUUUUGUUCGCAGGCAUAUAUGACAUUAUAUGCUGGAUUCUGACGUAAACAUCAAAACCUCAAGUUAUUUAAAUGACAGUGCUGUGAAUAUUCCACAUAUAUGUGAAUAAUCAAUUCUGGAGUAUAAUAUUACUAUAUAUUAUGGUGUGACAGAAUUACAGCUGUGAAUUAUUAAGUAUAUAAUACAUACUCUAGACUAUUACAUGUGUACCAAAUAAAACUAUAAUGAAGACAAUAUGUGAACAAUGAGGACUAUUUUAUAUGCAUUGUAUAUCGUAUAAUAUUUGCCAUUGUGUCAUAAAUGAAGAAAUGUGUAUAUAACUAAAUUUGUUAAUUUUGAUAUUUGUAUAAAUGGAGGUGACUAUAUAAAAUUGAUUUACAAAUACAAGUUAAUAAGUAUGAAAAUAAAAUUCAACUACAAAUGUCACAAGUUAUUAAGUAUGUAAAUAACUGAAUCGAAUUAUAAACCGGUUUGACCUGCACAGGGAGGAAAAUUCAAGAGCGUCUUGGCAUGGUGUCGGGCACAAUACAGGGUAUUCUAACUUAGUGUAGGUAACCUUUUUUUGUCAAAUGUGCCACUUCGCUCAAAACCAGCUUUCAAAUUAUUUCUAUGAAAAAUCCCUACGCCCAAACAAAAUAUAGCCAAUCCCUACUUUGAGACACACUAGAGGCUAAAGUUAUCACCCAACUGACUUAUAAAGAGUUGGCCAUUAUUGCUAUAUUAAUUCAAAAAUAGAUGACAAAAAAAGAAAAUGUUGAGAAUUUCAAUCAAAUUACUUUGUUCUGAACGGAAUUGUCACUGUUGGAAGUUUGGACUAGAAAUAGACCUCAAUUGUGUCUAUGAGAAUUGGCGAUCGUUUGACAGACGAUAACUCCACCCACAUAUUCUUGAUUAUCAAGUAACAUGCUCAAUGGCUAUGGUAACCUCGCUUGGCAGGCCUUUCAUCACCAGUUUCCGGUAGUGACAUCAGCGACUAACAGUAAAUGUUGGCUUGGUCCGCCAUUUUUUCAUUUAAUUUUAAAUAGACUACUGUUUAAAUCUAAACUGUAUCCAAGCCAUCAUUUGGUGUAAAUAAAGGUCUAAUUAAUAAUUUCUAUAACAUCUGAAGCCUAAAUAAAGACUUGCAAUAGGCAGAUUUAGCUCUUGCAUAAUGUAUGCUUAAUAAAAGGCGUAUAACUAUGGGAGUUAUUUAUUAAAUGUGAGUGUAUAAAAAGUUAAAUAACACUGUGCAUGUUAAUAUACUGAUUUACAUAUUCCUGAAGCAAUGGCCCGAUAAAUCCCUCUCUGGCCAUUGCUGGAUUGGCUUCUGAUACUUGAGGUUUUGAGGGAGUUUGUCUAUUCUUCCCGUUCAAUCAAAUCUAUCCCAAGUAAAGCAACAUGACGGCCCUUCGUUUAAUCUGGGUCUUCCCUAAAACUUUGGACAGUGAUAUAAGGUAUUAAAAUCGGUGAAUGUAUGUUCGUCUCCAAACAGUAUUGUUUACAUUGUUUUCCAUUUGAUAGCCUCAUUUGUCAUGCAGUUAGUUUUUCUGCAAUAUUCUGCUAUGCACUGGUUAAUUGGGCAUAAUAAAAUCGUGAGUCAUGACGUAACGUUAUGUAAACAUAUUUGGUCCAAUUUGGAGCUCUGUUUUAAGUGUAAUGCUUUUGUACCGUAGUUAGCUAUUGGUUUUUAAUCGGACCAUUGACCAGUCAUAAUUUGGAACAGAAAUUUGUCUUCGUUAAAGCAGUGUUUAGUGGGAUUAGGUAUAAUCAAACAAAACACUGCGAGGAGUAUGACUGAUUUAACACCCGCACAAAAUUCAAAACACCAACACAAAAUGUGAUCCCAUCCACUGUAUUAUCGUUGCUGCGUUUCCAAACUGAUGUAUCUCGAUUCAAUGAAUGAAAUGAUUUCUUAUUUUGAAAUGUAAUAUUAAAGGAGCUAUUACUGAUACUGGUUGGGAGCCGCAGUGGCACAGUCAGUAAGCUGCUUGCUCACUAACCCGAAGGUCUCAGGUUCAAUCCAAGGUGUUGUCGCUGGCACUGGAAGGAGGGCCUGAUAUGGACAGUGUCUAGUCGUUCAGAUGGGAUGGAAAACCGAGGUCCUGUGUACUCAUUGACAGUUAACAUUCAGAAAUAAGUGUAGGUCGUAGUGCCACUGCCCAGGCAAAACUCCCCUCCUAGCACACUGAUAUUGUUGUACUUGAAUAGGGUGAGUUUACUCUCAGAAAUUUGUAAUAUUAUUAUUUGUAGUUAUUAAUAAAUUCAAACCAGUAAACAUAUGGGUCACUAUGAAUAUAGUGACAAAUUGUCUAACUUCAAGUAUUCUAGCCCGUCUUAUUUAAAUCCUAUUUGUAUUUUAACAUGAGAGGAUGAACCCUCUCAAUACUCAGUGUUCAGCAUGUUUUUUUCCAGAAUUAUGUCCCCUUUUCUGCCAACCUUGUGAGUGCUAAAGAGGCUACAAUUUUUAAAAGACUUUUUCAAAAGCUUGUAGGCAAACAGGAUCCUUAUCAAACUUGGUCUUAGUUUUCUUAGUUCCAGAUAAGCUACUGCCUGGCUUUCUUUUGUUUGAGGCAAAGCUGCUGUAUUUCAAAGUUUUGCGUGGCUAUCUUAUUUCAUUGUAUAUGUGUGUUUAUAAAAGCAAGUAACAAGAGAUUUGUCAAAAAUUAUUUUACUUUAUACAAAUAUUACACAUAUAUUCUAACAAUAGCUGUUGUCACACUGACGCCUGUCUUAUUAUGCGAUUCUGAAAAGGAGAAAAAAUAAACUUUUAAAAGAAUAAGACAAAGGUACCUGAACUGGGUGACAGUUAUUUCUGGUGAUCAAAUAGCUAGUCAUUUUUUAAGCCAAUUGCGGUAUUUAGCAAGAAAUAUUGUAAUUGUAUCACAAUACCAAGUUUAUAUGAAAUAAAGAAAAUAUUUACUAAUAUGCAUAAUCAAUGCACCAUAACAUGGGAAAUAAAAUGAGAAGUGUCUAACACAUGGAGUAGCUCUGGUUUCCUACCCGAAGUUCAAGAGAAUUAUUGAAAUAGAAUUAAACCAUCUGUUAGUCCCAAAAUUACCUUGUCAGUGUGGAGUGACCCCAUUUCGCAUUUGUAAGUUAAUGGACAGGUCUGAUUUUUAAAAAAUUUCAAAAUGGGACAGCACAUUGCAUUAUUGCUUAUAAAUUAUUUCUGCAAUAAAUAUAUUGAUUACUUACUUUAAUAAAAUGUAAAGAGUUGGUUGUAUGUAAUCCUAAACUUCUAAUUAAAACUAGAGGUGAAAAAUUUGUUGUAUAUAAUCUCUGUAAACCAUCAAUAGUUGCCAUCACAGGUAUCACAUGUCUUUGUCUUCUUGUUUCAUAUUCUAACAGAUGUUUUAAUGAACCUUGAAAAAUAAAAUUUCUUUCUAAAUUUCUCUUAAAGGCUCAAUACCACUCUUGCUGUAACUGAAUAAUAUGUCCCAAUCUAUAUUCUGGUCAACAAAUUGUACUAUGUUUACAAUAUUCCAAUUAAUUGAUGAUACAAAUUUCAUCUUAACACAGUACCUAAUUUAAAAAAUUGGAAAAAUUCAACUAAAUGAUUUGAAAAGCCUGACGUAAAGCUUUUCAAAUGUGACAUGGAUUUAAAAAUAUUUUUGAACCCUUUGGACAAGUAAAAUAGGAUUUAAUGGAUAAUUUACACAACAGGUAGGACACUAACACAUCUAUUACUUAGAAUAAGGCUAUUUUUUAUUUUCUGGAACUGUCAAGCCAGCAAGAGUGUUAUUGUCCCUUUAAUAUUUUCAAGUGGAAAUUUAACCUGACAAAGCCAUAAUAACAUGAUUAUGAAGAUUUAAACAUACAUUAUGCAAGAGCUAAAUCUGCCUAUUGGAGGUCUUUCUUUAGGCCUGAAAUGUUUUCUAAAUUAUUAAUUAGACUUUAAUUAACUGAUCCAGGCCAUAAUCAAUUCUUGUUGGCAUCGGAUUUCUCGGAUAUUAAAUAGAUUAGAACGGUUCACACAUAUUUUGAUUUAAUCUAAAAAUGGAGGAGCGAGACUUAGCUUCGAACAACCAGUACAGUGGUUGAAAUUUUUGCACACGUCCUGUUAAAUCUUCAAAGGCUAUCUUCGCUCGCAAUAAAGUAAUUUGAAUGAAAUUUUCAAAUUAUUCAUUUGACAUGAUCUAUUUUCGAACUAUUAUAGCAAGAAUGGCUGGCUCUUUAUCUAAAUCUUACAUAAUGUAUCUUUAAAUAUAAUUUCAAUCUGGAAAUCAAUUUAGACAUUUCCACAAUAAUAUAAAUAUUAAUCUGAAAAGUCCUCCCUUUAAUAUCAGGCCCCAGAUAUACCCACAAUCUCGAAGUCAUCUGUACUAGCUCAUCAAUGUCAACUUAAAGGAGCUAAGUCGCUAAUAUUUGGGACAUAGAAAUUGACACAAAUGGGUCGCAAC